GAAGCGGAAACAGAACCCAUUUCCCUCUAUUUAAGCGCGCCAACAAAGCCCAGCAGCGUACAGGGGCUCUCCCGGGCUGUCACCGCGAUUUGUCUGCCGCUCGUCCGCCGCGUCACCGUCGUGUGUCCUCCGUCCCCGUGAGAUAUGCCGGAGCAAACAGCCGCCGCGUCCGCCGUGGAAAGUGUGGAGGAGAAGCCAUGCUCUUCAUCUGCUGCUGACAACAGCACUGAUGUCCUGGAGGAGGCCAAGAAGCUGAUUGGCACUGGCAACAGACACCUGGUGAUGGGGGAUGUGGUGUCUGCUGUAUCUGUGUUCCAGGAUGCUUGCAGUAUGCUGGCUGCGAGGUACGGUGACACUGCAGAUGAAUGUGGAGAGGCCUUUUUCUUGUGUGGGAAGUCUCUGCUGGAGCUGGCCAGGAUGGAGAACACUGUCCUGGGUAAUGCUCUGGAGGGAGUCCCUGAGGAGGAUGAAGGUGAAGAGGAGGAGCAGCCCAGCAACUCCAACAUUGAAAGUGCAAACAACCUGGAUGAGCAAACUAGAGAUGAGCUCCGUAAGCAGGUGUAUGAGGCCAUGGCAGAGGAGAAACCUGAGGACAAACAAGUUGAAGUUGGCCCACAGGAGGCUACAGGAGAAGCCAAGUCUCCAGUGAAGGAGGAGGCUGCGUCUAACUGUUCAGACAGUGGCUCUUCAGCAGAAGCUGAGACUGUCCCUGGGUCUUGUGGACAAGGGCCCUCUGCUCGUGGUGAUGAGUCCAUAGAGGAAGGAGAUAAAGAAGGAAUGUGGCUGCCACUUGAAAUGUCUUUAAUUUUGAUUGCGUUCAAUGCAGAUGACGAGGAGGACGAGGAGGAUGAGGAAGAACGAGGAGAGAAGAAUGGGGAGGAGGAAGAGGUUGGAAACUUGCAGCUUGCCUGGGAGAUGCUGGAAGUGGCUAAAGUCAUCUACAAAAGAAAGGACACCAUAGAAGACCAGCUGAUGGCUGCUCAGGCUUAUCUUAAACUGGGGGAAGUCAGUGCGGAAUCUGGUAACUACCCCCAGGCGCUGGAGGACUUCCAAGAGUGCCUGACCCUGCAGCUGAAGCACCUGCCCCCUCACAGCAGACUCCUGGCUGAGACUCACUACCAUGUGGCCACCACCCUCUGCUAUAUGGACCAGUAUGACCAGGCAAUCCAGCACUACAGCAGCUCCAUCAGGGUCAUUGAGGCCAGGCUGGCAAUGUUGCAGGAGGCAAUCGACAAAGCUGAAGGAACAGAAGCUGCCUCAGAAGAGAAGAAUGAACUGGAGGAGCUCAAACUUCUACUGCCGGAGAUCAGGGAGAAGGUGGAGGAUGCUAAAGAGAGCCAGAGGACAGCCAGUGCAGCAUCCAGAGCCAUUCAGCAGACACUAGGUGGUGCUUCGACAUCCUCAGGGUUCAGUGAAAAUGGCGGUGCAUCUUCAUCAACCUUUGAAGCCUCUAAGAUUCCAGUGAGACCUGCAGACGGUGCCUCCUCUUCAGUCUCAGAUAUUUCUCACCUUGUCAGGAAAAAGCGGAAACCAGACGAGGACAGCGCAGUAGACGACUCGGGGGCAAAACAGGCCAAACGGGAAGUCAAUGGCAACGGGGACUCUAGUGCCAGCGACGGGCAGGAGGCCACUCAGUCUGCCAGUUCCACGGAGACUGCAGCGUGACACUCCAACCUCAGUCCUGACCUCGACCUCAAACCAGCACAGCAUGCCUGUCAUUGACACUUGUUUUGUAAAUAACCAUUUUCAUAGACUUGUCUUUUUUUUUUGUAUUUACUUGUAGUAAAAAUAAAGCAUUUGCAAAUGUUAAA